UAACAUCAAAUAGCUUCAACUUUCUCCCAAUUACAAUUAUGUCGAUUAAAUUGUAGUCCUCCUUGCCAAACCAACGUAGGAACAAAGAUUGGUUAGUGUUUGAGUAGUUUAGAGAAGGAAUGAUUUCAUGGUUUACUCAAACAAGUUUUUACACCACUAACUAACACACAAUGUUAUCCAAAUUUGACCAUCGAAGACUCAAACUCAAGUGAAUUUUGACCCUUCAAUUUUCCACCAUCUUCUUCUCUGCCAAAAUGGCUCAUGCUUACCCUCUCUGUUCUUCCCCUUCUUCUACUCGCAUUUCAUUCCCUUAUUCCUUCACCAAUCCCAAAUUCCCCAACCGCAAAUUCAAAACCUUUUUCUCUUUCCAACCUCCCAAUUCUCUUGAAGAUGCUAAACACAAUCACCCUCAUGCUAAUUCUUCAACUUUAUCCAAAUCUAAAAUCUGGGUCAAUCCCAAAAUCCUCAGAUCCAAUCGAGUUUGGAGCAAAUCCCAGAACGCCAUGUCAUCUCUCGCCAAACUCCAGUCGUCUAAUCUUAAUGAGCAACAAGUUUCUGAAAUUCUCCAGGGUUUGGGAGACAGUGUUACAGAAAGUAAUGCAAAGCACAUUCUCCGUAACAUAGCAAACCCUGAUAUUGCAAUGCUUGCUCUUAAUUACUUCCACAAGAAGAUUAAACGGGAAAGACUUGUUGUUCUUUACAAUGUGUUGUUUAAGCUUUUUAAAGAAAUUAAGGAUUUUGAACAAGCAGAGAAGGUGUUUGAGGAAAUGCUUCAGAGAGGAGUCAAGCCUGAUGUUGUUACGUUUUCCACUUUGAUUAGAUGUGCUUCUGUUUGUUCUUUGCCACAGAAAUCCGUGGAGUUGUUUGAGAGGAUGCCUUCUUUCGGUUGUGAGCCGGAUCAUCAUGUGUACUCGUCUAUGAUUUAUGCUUAUGCUCGCACGGGGAAUGUUGAUAUGGCUUUGAAAUUAUAUGAGGAUGCGAAAAAUGAGAAAUGGCCUCUUAAGACAGUUGUAUUCUCUACUUUGAUUAAGAUGCAUGGUUUGUUGGGAAACUAUGAUCAGUGUUUCAGCGUUUAUAUUGAUAUGAAGGCUCUUGGUGUUAAGCCGAAUAUGACGAUGUAUAACACUUUGCUAUAUGCAAUGGCGAGAGGUAAGAGGGCAAGGGGUGCUAAGCUUGUAUACGAAGAGAUGAAAAAUAAUGGAUUUUCGCCACUUUGGGCAACCUAUUCAGCUGUCUUGGAAGCUUAUUCGAGAGCACGGUUAAGUAAAGAAGCUUUGAGUGUGUAUAAGGAAAUGAAGGAAAAGGGGAUGACUAUGAAUAAUGUUCUUUACGGCAUGCUUCUUGACAUGUGUGCCGAUGUUGGCUGUGUAGAUGAAGCUAUUGAAAUAUUUGAAGAUAUGAAGCAAUCUGAGGCUUGCGAGCCCGACGUUGUCUCAUACUCAUCCUUGAUUAACAUGUAUUCAUGCCUAGGGAAAGUUUCGGAGGCAGAAGCCAUGUUUAAUGAAAUGAUAAGCCAUGGAUUGGAGCCUAACAUUAAGGUUCUCACAAUGUUUGUUCAUUGCUACGGAAAGGCCAAACGAACCGAUGAUGUUGUGAAUAUAUUUAAUCGAUUCUGGAAAACUGGCAUCACUCCUGACGACCGGUUGUGGGAUUGUCUUUUGAAUGUGAUGACCGAACUUCCAAAAGAAGAGCUCAGUAAGAUGACAAACUGCAUCGAGAAAGCUAACCCAAAGCUUGGUUAUAUUGUGACAUGUUUGACGGAAGGGAGCGAGGAUGAUGGAUAUUUUAUAAGGGAAGCAUCAAAAUUUUUAAGUUCAGCUGAUGGUGAUGUAAAGAAGUCCUUAUGCAACAGUCUACUCGAUCUUUGUUUCAACCUUGGUGUGCAAGACAGAGCUCGUGACCUUCUUGACUUGGGAUUGAGGCUUAACAUAUAUAGCGAUAUACAAUCGAGAUCUGAAACUCAGUGGUGUUUGCACCUAAAAAGACUCUCGAUUGGAGCUGCUAUGACUGCGUUUCAUGUUUGGGUUGAAGACUUGUCUAAGGCUUUUGAAUCAGGCGAGGAGCUUCCACAAUUACUUGGAAUUUCUACUGUCCCUUGGAGAUACGGGCUAUCAGAGAAAGAGAAAGUCUUGGCUACUGUAUUUGAAUCAUAUCUGAAGGAACUUAGUGCUCCUUUCCAUAAGACUACUAAAAUGGCUGACUGGUUUUGUACUGCAAGAGAUGCAAAGUCAUGGCUGCAAUCCAGAGGUUCAACUCAAAUUGCCGAUCUUUUCUAUUGAUAGAGUUGUUAUAAGUUAAUCAUUUUCCAUAAAGUUUCUAUCCAUUUUUCUUUAUCUCAAAAGGGGAUUUUGGCAUUAGAUUCAAAAGAUAAUAUUUGUAUUAUUUUGAAUUGUGAAUGAAAAUGAUUUUGGCAUUA